AUGGUCAACUAUAGGGUCCUUGAAAAGAAGAAAGUUGAACAAAAGGAAGAAGGUGAGGGAACGGAACAGGAUAGGGAAACUCAAUUGGACGCAGGAAUUGAAACAAGCAAACAAGCGAUCAAUGACAAGAGGGAGGACCGAAAAUCUCCAAAAUUGGAGAAUGAUCAGAAUCAGCAAAAAGAGAAUGAUAAUUCCAGGGCCAUGAAGGAUAGCAGGAAGAAGAACAAGAAAAAGAACACCAAAAGGAUGCCAAAAAAGAAAAGUAAGGUGCUAUUCAAACCUGCUCAGAGCAGCAACAAAAGGAAAGAAAUGGCUGUCUCUAUAGCAAAGCAGAAUGAAUUCUCGAAGCAGGCCAUAAAAGAGAGCUUACUAAGCCUUGUUAAUGAUGAUACGGAAAAGGGUCAAAACUGCCCCUAG